UCAGAAGGUCAGUGUGACUCUGAUGUUAGAAAAAAAUCAAAAAAGGAAACUUCAGCAGAGAAGCUCAAAAAAUCUCUUAAAGAAAAUAGACUUUCCUCCGUUAAGUCUGGUAAAAGAAAUAUAAUUGCAAACAAUGUGUCUGCCAACAGGAGAGCUGAGUCUGAUAGAAGACCUCAUGUCUGCGACGAAUGUGGUAAAAAUUGUGGUAGCUUGUCUCAAUUAACAAUUCACAUGAGAACUCACACAAGAGAGAAGCCUUUUUGUUGUCAAGAAUGUGAUAAAAGUUUUCAUAAUGCAGCCAAUCUCAAACAGCAUAUGAGAACUCAUACUGGAGAAAAGCCUUUUCAAUGUCAAGAAUGUGAUAAAAGUUUUAGUCAAACAUCUAGUCUCAAAACACACUUAAGAAUUCAUACAGGAGAGAAGCCUUUUUGUUGUCGAGAAUGUCAUAAAAGUUUUCAUGAUGCAGCAAAUCUCAAAAAGCAUAUGAGAACUCAUACUGGAGAAAAGCCUUUUCAAUGUCAAGAAUGUGAUAAAACUUUUAGUCAAAAAUCUAGUCUCAAAUCACACAUGAGAACUCAUACAGGAGAGAAGCCUUUUUGUUGUCAAGAAUGUGAUAAAAGUUUUAGUCACGUAUCUAGUCUCAAAAUACACAUGAGAACUCAUACAGGCGAGAAGCCUUUUCACUGUCAAGAAUGUGAUAAAAUCUUUUGUGACCUAUCUGGUUUCAGAAGACACAUGAUAGCUCAUACUGGAGAGCCAUUUUCUUGUAAAGAAUGUGAUAAAAGUUUUAGUCGCGUAUCUAGUCUCAAAAGACACAUGAGAACUCAUACAGGAGAAAAACCUUUUUGGUGUCAAGAAUGUGAUAAAUGUUUUCGUCAUGGAUCAAAUCUCAAAAGACACAUGAGAACUCACAGAGGGGAGAAGCCUUUUUGUUGUCCAAAAUGUGAUACAAGUUUUUGUCAUGCAUCAACCCUUCAAUCACACAUAAGAACUCAUACAGGAGAAAAGCAUUUUUGUUGUCAAGACUGUAAUAAAGGUUUUAGUCAUAUAUCUAGACUCAAAUCACACAUAAGAACUCAUACAAGAUAGAAGCCUUUUUGUUGUCAAGAAUGUGAUCAAAUUUUUAGUCAGAAAUUAAAUCUCAAAAGACACAUGAUAAUUCAUACCAGAGAGAAGACCUUUUCUUGAAAACAAUGUGAUACAACUUUUCAUAUUAAUUUUUUAGUCUCAAAAGACACAUGAGAAUUAACACAAAAGAGAAACCUUUUCUUAGAAAAAAGUUAGUUUAGUCAAAAUUUGAUUCAGUUAUUAAAUCAAAGUAGGCAGAAGUGAGUAUUUAAUGCAUAACAUUAAACAAUUUUCUGAAGUUUAAUGUUUGUAGUAAGAACAUCUUUUUUAUCAUUAUUAUUUUUGUGAUAUAAUAAUUACAUUUUCUAAGACAAAUCUUUAGAGUUUCAUUGUCUA